CAAUCAAAAGGUUUCGGUGUGUGUGAUUCCUCUGCAUGGUUCGUGCCUCCUUUUACCGCCCCUGCGCCCUCUUCUUUGCUGCGGCAAUCGUCUCGUCGAUGCCGCAAAGUGAAGAUGAGGGAACUGGAGAACAAAAGAAGGCCCGAACCGUGGCAGCAACAUGUACCAACAACAGUGCGUCAUGGAAAAGGGAAGGCACUCACACGAUCAGCCUGUCUGUUUGUGCACAAAGAUGCAUCACCUGCUCUGUGUCACAAUGAAAGCAAAAACCACUCAGAGAGCGUCCCACCUAUACACAGUCACUCCCAUAAAGGAACACGAGCAGUCCCGCCAGCUAGCCUGCCUUGAGGGACAGUACCUCAACAUCAGAGGCGUGGAAGCAGGUCAAUCCGCAGCCAUCACUCUGACGCAGAAGAUGCCGCCCCCCAGGCACGCAGCUGGCAGCAACACACACACCACAUCGACCACCCACCCACAGGUGUUGAGUCAGUCACCCGCUGCUGUCCGUUCCCCUUCACCCCCAUCAGCAGCAGCGUCAACCGCCCCCUCUCCUGCUGUCUGCGUCUGCGCCUCUGCCUCUCCUUGAGCCUCUGUCCGCCUCUCCCCCCUCACGGCCCUCAGCAGCGCACAGCCCAGCCCGCCACACACACGCGACACGGUCGACAGCACCAUGUACCCCCAUAUGGCCGUGAAGACGUACACGCAGAGCGAUGAGAAGGAGUCGAAGUGGCUGGGGUGCUUCCACUUCCAGUCCCACGCGACGGCGAGUAUCACCCCCACACAGCCGUACAGCAAAUACGACCAGAAGUCCUCCUCCUCGGGCGGCAGCUCGGUCGACCCGUCACCCGACGCCACCGUCCGACGCGUCACCGACACGUGGAUGUUGACCACCUGCGGCUGUUGCUGGGGGGGUGGUGGUGGCUCACACGCGGCACCUGUACCAUCGUCACUCGCGGCCGAUGGCGGCUGCUCUGCCCUUGUUGUUGUGCGUUGCCGGAUGGUGUCUGUGGAGGAUGUCUCUGCCUCUGUGGUCGGCAUGGGUGAGGUCGAGGGGAGGUAGUGAGAGAGCGGCUGGUGGUUCUCAAGCGGCCGGCCGUGCAGGAAGAGGCGAACAGAACAACCUGAUUGAAUGAACCAAUUGACACACACAACUGAAUGUGCGUGUUCCUCUCGUUUGUGGAUGGAUCUUUCUCGUGAAUGCGCCACCUUGUUCCAGGAAGUCCUGCAGGUGGUCCUGCGUCACCUGGGAGAUGGUAGAUGACAGACACACUGUCGCAUCUGACACGCAGGCAACAGGCAAAUGUCACUGAUCAUCGUUCGAUUCGUACCCCUUCUUCUCGUUCACCACGCACCUCUCCUGCUCUCGCCUUGGGCGUCGUGCACCACCACAAACCGCACUGGCACGCCGUCGCCCUCCCUCCUUGGCGCGCCUGAUGACUCAUUGUUUCCCUCGUGCUUCUCAGACGCUUGUGCAGAGUCCGCUGAUGCAGAUGCACUCUCAGCCAUAGCACAAGAACAAGUAUCGAGGCGGCUAGAACAAAUAUCGAGGCGGUCUACUGGCCACGAUCUCCC